CACCUGCCGGUGUAGUGUAGGGUGAGAGUUUGUCGCGGAGCGAGCCAGGGAAGAUGUCCGGGCGCGGGAAGCAGGGCGGGAAGGCGCGGGCCAAGGCCAAGUCGCGCUCGUCGCGGGCCGGGCUGCAGUUCCCCGUGGGCCGCGUGCACCGGCUGCUGCGCAAGGGCAACUACGCCGAGCGGGUGGGCGCCGGCGCGCCCGUCUACCUGGCGGCCGUGCUCGAGUACCUGACGGCCGAGAUCCUGGAGCUGGCGGGCAACGCGGCCCGCGACAACAAGAAGACGCGCAUCAUCCCCCGCCACCUGCAGCUCGCCAUCCGCAACGACGAGGAGCUCAACAAGCUGCUGGGCAAGGUGACGAUCGCGCAGGGCGGCGUGCUGCCCAACAUCCAGGCCGUGCUGCUGCCCAAGAAGACUGAAAGCCACAAAGCCAAGAGCAAGUAAAGCAGGCGGCGAAAGCGUCCCGAGCCCAGAAGCGAACCCAAAGGCUCUUUUCAGAGCCACCCACAGCCUCGAGAAAGAGCUUGAGACGCUGCGGAUCGUGCAUCCGGGGGGGCUGAAGGGAGCACUUAGUCUUUGUGUGUGGUUUUGGGUGCGUGCGUGGCGGGUGGGUUGGGACGUGUCCCUUUCGUAUAGCCGCGCCGGGCUGGUUCUGCCGGAGAGCUCAGUCGCGGCCGGGCGGUCUCCGCUGUGGUCGUGAGCCGCCGCCGGCGAGAGCUCCCUUGUCACUUUCCCGGGGCUGGGGAGGGGGUGUGCGCUUUGCUGGGACGAGCGUCCCGGGAUCGGAGCGCGGGCUCUGCCGAGCAAGGAAGGUGGCGGACGGAGCCAAUCGGCGUCCGCGCGGGCUUUUGGAAAUGGCGCGGGCGCUUAACCCGAUCGGCGCUGGACAUGGGUCUGGGCUAGGGCUAGGGCUGCCGGCAGCGCCGCCCGCUGAAAAGUGAUCAAGCGCCUGCUUCACAAGCCCCGCCGUGUUCGUCAAACACGCUAGUCACGAGGAAACAAAGGAUUAUUUUCUUGGGGGAGGGUGUUAUUGCCUUAACCGGGGUUUUGGCGUUUUUCUUAAGCCGCUUAGAAGCUGCAGCCCGACAUGAAAAAUGGGGUUGGGGGGUGGCGAGGCGGAGAGCGGGAGCAUGAGAAGGAGGAGACUUACUAAAAACAAAGCAGGAGCAAACAAAUACAGCAAAGCAACACAGCUCUUCUGAGAGAAAGUGGGUGGCUCUUAAAAGAGCCUUUGGGUUCGGUUUCUCGAGGUGAUCCGGGAACAAAAGGUGUGUUUUAGCCGCCGAAGCCGUAGAGGGUGCGUCCCUGGCGCUUGAGGGCGUAGACCACGUCCAUGGCCGUGACGGUCUUCCUCUUGGCGUGCUCGGUGUAGGUGACGGCGUCGCGGAUGACGUUCUCCAGGAAGACCUUCAGCACGCCGCGCGUCUCCUCGUAGAUGAGCCCCGAGAUGCGCUUGACGCCGCCGCGCCGAGCCAGGCGGCGGAUGGCCGGCUUGGUGAUGCCCUGGAUGUUGUCGCGCAGCACCUUGCGGUGGCGCUUGGCACCGCCCUUGCCGAGCCCCU